AUGCCCUCUGGCCCGGAGGAGGCCGAGGAGCAACUCAUGCAGAAGGAAGAUGCCGCGCGCCGCCUAGCCAUUCUGCGCGGUGAAAUCCCCCCUCCGCUCGAAGAGCCACAUCCCGACGAAACCCUCCCACCACCACCACCAGCCCCCCACGGCCGGGACCGCGACACCCCCGGACGCAAGCGCAAACGCCACGGGGAAGACGACACGGACUUCGAGAUGCGCAUCGCGCGCGAGCGCACCACAGCCGCGCGCGAACUAACCACCCACACCACACCCACCAUCACCACCUCCUCCUCCGCCCCAUUACUCGACAGCAAAGGCCACCUCACACUCUUCCCGGAGCCCGACGCGCACACGGCCCGCUCGCGCGAGGGCCACCCCGACGCGGAGCGGGAAGCGGCGCGCAAGGAGCGCGAGCUCAAGGACCAGUACCAGAUGCGGCUGGUGAACGCGGCGGGGCGGGACGGGGCGGGUCUGACGGACGGCGGGCCGUGGUAUGCCUCCUCGGCGGUCUCGGCGGUGGGGGCCGGGGUUGGCGAGGGUGAAGGGGCGGCGUUGGGGGCGCCGGUGGUGCCGAGCAAGAAUGUGUUUGGGCGGGAGGAUCCGGGGCGCGGGGCGAGGGCGGCGGCGAGGUUGGAUGCCAGUGACCUCGUUGGCGGUGAUGCGGCGGGGGGCGAGGAUGUGGCCACGUCGCCGUAUCCCCCGAGGCUGUGGCCCUUGUCGUCGCCCGCGAUGCCCUUGGACCCGCUGCACUUCGAGCGCAAUCCCUACUCGUCCGUUUCGCUGACUCGCGCGCGGUUGGCGGCGCGCGUGCGCCAGUUGGAGGCCCGUGAGGAGGGGUGCCUGUGGAGCUUGCUGCGGGUGAUGCUGCCGAUGCGCGCCGAUCGCCAUGUCUUGAGGGUUGAGUCCGUUACUGUCCAGGUGCGUUGGUGGAAGGGGAGGGGUGGUGGGGUGAAGUGGGUUGGGGUUGUUGUUGGUGGUGGUGGGGGGUUGGUGGGGGUGGUGGUGUAUUUGGAGGGGAGGCGGAUGGUGAUGGGUGAUUGUGGUGGUGAGGAGGUCGUCAUGGUGGUUGGUUGUUGA